AUGCAAGACACCUGGUUGGAGGAUUUUGAUGAUGAAAAGGAUAAAGCAUACUUUGCUGCCUCUGAGAACGGGUGGAACUGGAUUGGGCCUCAUUCGCACUACAAAAAGAGAUUUCGAUUAUUUAAAAAGGCGUGGGAAACUGCCGUUACACCUUCUAAUAUUGAGAUUGCAUUUGCUGCUGCUGGCAUCUCACCUUUCAACCCUGAACGCGUGCUUGCAAAGAUUGUACGGCCCAAGACUCCGCCAGAGCUUCUAGGACUCAAGACUCCUACAUCUAUUGGCGGAAUGAGGAAUCUGAUGAAGGAGAUAAAUCAACAACAACAUCGAGUUUCUCUUGACAUCCGCCGGGCACUACAUGCCUCUGAAAAAUUCGCUCUUGACAGAGAACUUCUUCUAAUAGAAAAUCGAAAUCUCCAGCAAGCCCUCAAUCGCGAGAGAAAGCGACGUAAACGUGGAAAGGCAAUGGGAUUGCUAGAUUCAUCAAAUCCCUGUCAGGCUCAAUUCUUUUCUCCAACCCAGGUCAGAGCCGCCCGCGAGCAAGCCGCUGCGGCAGAAGCUCUCAAAAUUGAUUCCCAAGCUCGUCGGCAGGAGGCACAACUACAACGUACAAUUCUUCGUGAAAAAAAAAAUGCAGAAGCUGCCAAACGGAAGAAUGAACGUCAAAAGGCUCGUGAGGAGGCCGCCAGGCAGCGUGAGAAAGCCAAAGAGGCCGCAGCAGUCAAACGCCAGAUUGAAAAGGAGCAAUUCAGCAUCAAGUGCAGCUGCUGCUGCCUCUGCUGGCUCCAACGCUGCCGGACAGCGAGUUUCACGUUCUGGGCGAAUUAUCAAACCCAGCAGGUGGGAGCGGUCGUUAGGUGGGUGAUCACGUUAACUGAAGAGGCCCACGUUUCAUACUUGUUGCUGAGCGGUGACUCAUCCAAAAGCACUGGACCUGUCAAGCAUUUGUAUCGAAUGACAACCAAUAGCUCCUCCACAAGAUUCCAGCCCGCACCUCCUGAGCGCGAAACAAACAUUCACAUCUGCGAAUCGACUGCCUACAGACGACUAAUGAAGCACGGCCUUUGCGACCGCGGAAUCGUGCCUCGGUUCUAUGGGACAAUGGAACGGAUGGACUUAUCACACUAUCAACCUCACCUGAAGAUGUUUCUUAACGACAAGAAUCCUCCUAGCGCCAUCCUCUUGGAGUACAUUCCAAAAAUGGAGAUGAUCUAUCCGCACAAUUUUACAAAGGAGCGGGGAGAGGCUUUGAUCCGUGGCAUCCGAGAGAUUCACAGAGCGUUGGUUCUGCAUUGCGACGCCAAACCGAGGAACAUGAUGAUUGUCAGGAAUGACCCAGAAAGAGUGGUCUGGUUAGACUUCGACAGAGCUCAGACCUAUCACGUAGAUAGCCUUACCGAGAGACAACGAGGAUUUAUUGAGGAUGAAGAGCUAAUGGUGUCUCAACUCGCAGAUUCACUCGAAGCUGAUCAUGCACGAGGCGAGAUUGCUGAGACUUAUCUCUACUACUGCACCUAG